AAAAUUUCAGAUGGUGCUUAAUGGGUAAAAAGAAAAGGAUUGUUUGUCACAGCUCUCGUUUUUUCUUCUCCAUUAGCACAGAGCGAGGUUAAUUUGGCUACAGAAGUUCAUUCAAGUAGAGCAGCUAAUUGCUGCACAUGGUCCUUCCUUUUCCUCAAAGCACGGUAGACACGGUGUCCCAGAUAUAAACCAGGGCACCACAACGCUUGCAGUAUUGUCGUAUUGCCACAGAGUGGUGGUGAAGACCUUACCGAAAGCUUCGUUGCUCAGCAGCACUGAGGUUACGUCCUUCGCUCUCAGAAUUAAAUCACUGACCUUUGAGAAUUUAGUGACCGAACAAGUACUUGUCCUCAAGACACAUAUCUGAGCGUGCAUUCCUUUACAUGAAGCUUUUCCACUCUGGUUAAAGAUGCCCAAGAACACUGCAAGUACCAAGUGAAUGAGCCAAAAUCAUAUAACCUGUCUAAAAAAUGAAAAGCUGGAUUGUACUGCUGGCUAUUGUAGUCAGCACAGCAGAAACGGAAAACCAGGACGUCUGUACCCAAGGGUAUCCUGGCAUCCCUGGCAAUCCUGGGCACAAUGGCACACCUGGUCGUGAUGGACGUGACGGUUCAAAAGGCGACAAGGGAGAUACAGGUGAACCAGGAGUUCCUGGCGUUCCAGGAAAAGAUGGUGCCAAUGGAGAGAAAGGUGAACAAGGAGCCAAUGGGACUGUUGAAGAGAAGGGGAAUAAAGGAGAUAAAGGAGAAAGAGGACAACCUGGGAAACUGGGGCCAAAAGGGGUUAUAGGGUCAGUGGGUUACAAAGGUCAGAAGGGAGAGCUGGGACUGCAAGGACAAAAGGGAUUAAAAGGAGACAUUGGACCCAUUGGCCCGAAAGGGACAAAGGGUGAAAUUGGCCAUCCUGGAAGAGUUGGUUUCCCAGGGCCAAUUGGCCCGACUGGUAAUCCAGGUCCUAAAGGUAAUAUUGGAGGUACAGGGCCACAGGGUAAUCCAGGAGUUCAGGGGGAAAGAGGCUUGAAAGGAGACAGAGGAGAAAAGGGGAAUGUAGGUGCCCCAGGAGUCCUGCCAAGGAGUGCUUUCAGUGUUGGCCUUACAGUUGACACCAAAUUUCCCCCUCCAAAUCGCCCAAUCAAGUUUGACAAGGUGCUGUAUAAUGGUCUCAAUGACUACAAUCCAGUUACUGGCAAAUUCACCUGCAGAUACCCUGGUGUUUACUAUUUCACCUACCACAUUACUGUCUACUCAAGGAAUGUCCGAGUUGCUCUAGUUAAGAACGGCAUCAAGAUGCUGCACACUGUGGACAGGUACCAGAGUGGAGAGGACCAAGCCUCAGGAGCCACCAUCCUGGAGCUGCAGGGAGGAGACAAGGUGUGGCUGCAGGCUCACCAAGGGGAGACUUUCAAUGGGCUGUUUGCAGACGCUGAUGAUGAUACCACCUUCUCUGGGUUCCUCCUGUUCAGCACCUCUGACUCACUGGAGCCACUGCCAUUGCCUACCACAUAACUCCAUGUUAUCCAUGAAUGCUGAAUGUCUGUGUCCUUCAGCCCUCCCUAAUAAAGUUGUUAUCUGCUUAA